AUGCACUUGUCAUUUGAAUGUCUCGAAGAUCUUAAAUACCUCGUCUUUUGGGAACAAUCGAAGGAGCCAUCACUUAUGAAAUUCUUAAAUUUCCGAUUACUCGCACAAGAUUUGGAAGAUGAGCAUUAUGCCGAAAUAUCUGACGUCGGGCAAAAGGUGAUAAAAUGGUUAAAAGAUCAUUCAUUUAUCACAAUAUAUAGUUCUUUAUAUCUUAGCGGUGUGGGAGUGGGAAAGACUCCGGGAAAGAAUGAUAAGAAUUCGAAACAGAUAAAUCAUUUUUGGGAUUUACAAGCCAAGAGUCAAAACAUUCACGCAGAGAAAAAGUUGCUUGAGGAGGAAGCUCAGCUGAGUCAAACUCAAUAUAUUCUUGAUGCAACAAGAGAGAGAUCUUUACUACAAAGAACGAUCACCAACCAAUUUGAAUUUAAUGUAUGGCUUUCUAGAAAACGUCUUCUCACUUCUCAGGUGCUUUUGCAGAUCAAAACAGUCAACUCGGAUGAGGUCCCGUCUGCAACGACAACAACUUCGUUAUAUGUUCCAUCUUCUCCAUCUACUCCUGAUUGCAAUAUUAGCGAAGAAUAUAUAAUUGUAGAAAACCGUAGUUAUUCUAUGGAUUACCUCACUGGUCCCGGUGUUCCAGAAUGGCACCUGAACGAAGAUUCAAUUCGAUGGAUCGUAAACGACAUCGACAUCACUGAGAUAUGUCGUGAAUAUCGUGCAAUCGUGGUUAAAAAAUGUGAGUCGAUGGAAGUUACUUUGAGUGCUACAGAAGAACUGAUUAUAAGCCACGUAUUCGUAUUUCAAGAACAAAGUCCCCUCGGAUUAUGUGAAUAUUUUGAUGACGAAUUAUGGGCGGAGCUCUUUGCCGAGUUUCGAGGCACAUUUCAGUUUUCAGUUUUCAGUUCUAAUUCUGAGUAUCUGCAGAUCCCGUGUGAGGAACAAAAUCAAACCGAACGUCAAAAACUUGCAAGGCACUAUUUACGAAAUUUUGAAGUUAUAACCGAAGAAGAAGAAAUAAUCAUAGAGAUGUUUAGGGAACUGGUUGAUAACGAGCAGUCCUCAUUCACAAGAAAUUAUGUU